GUAUGUCUCAUUUCUGGUGUUUUAGGCCGAUUUCACGCUAGGUUGUUCUUGUUUGUGAUAUUUCAGGUCCUAGUACGUGAAGGAAGGUUUGGGCACGAGUUCAGGGUCGAUUGGACGAAGUUGGGACGUUUGAAGAAAAGCUGAGGAAACCACACGGGCUGACCUAAAUUCCACACGACCGUGUGACUUGGCCGUGUAGAACCCCUUUGUGCGGGCAAAGCUACACUGGCCAUGUGGGAUUUCCAGAGAGUUCACACGGGCAGGCCUAAAUUCCACACGACCAUGUGGUUUUGGCGUGUAGCGUACCUGGAGUUACUAAAUAAAACGUGGCAUUAUGGAGAGCCACACAGGCAGCUGAGGAUUUCACACGACCAUGUGGUCGGGCAAAACUGUUUUUUAACCCAAUUUCGGGUCUUUGAAGAGGAGGACAAUUGUCCAGAGCAAAAACAUAGUCAUAGAGAGAGAAAGUGCGAAGAACAAAUCCUAGGAGUGAUUUUGGAGCGGGGUUUCAUCAAUCAAGCUUAGAUUUUAUCCUUGGAGUGAAGAUUAUCAUCCCAGAGCAGAUUCUUCCCAUUGAUAUGAUUAUGACUGCUUUGUAUUAUGUUUUCCUCUCUCUCUCUCUAUGGAGUUGAACUCUCUCUCACUUUGGGUAUGAAGAACCUAUUUCCAUGUGUUAGGGAUAUUGAUUGUAAUGACUUUUGGAUUGCUAUACUGUGUGAUUAUAAUUGAUUGAUGCAUGAUUCAUUGAGUCAAUUGAAGUCUGAUAAACUUUUCUUGAUUUCUGCUGCAACCUGAGAUAGAUAGAAUCUGAUUAGGUUGUUAGAGCUUCUUCAAUCGGUAGUAGUGAAUCGAUUAUACGAGAGUUAGUCGAUUCACUGCUUUGUACUGGAAUCCGAUUCUAGUAGUGGAGUUUUGUGUUAAUUGCCUCAGCGUUCUAUCCUGGUGAAGACUAGUCGUCUGUCGGGUAGUUUGUCUGAGAGGGCUUGGCCAGGUUAAGAGAUUCCAAGCUACUAUCGGAUCUUUCAAAGUUUAAUCAACAGUAAAUCAACCAAAGAAAAUUAAAAUUUUGACCUAACUAAGGAGCUAGGGGGACUCAUUCCCGAGUGACUCUUCCCUGGCUUAAGAACUUCGAACCAUUUCCUGCUUUCAUACUGCUUUUGUUUGCAAUCACUCUCACUACACUUAGUCCCCUAGAUAACAAGUAGUCACGGAGUAGGCAGUAGAUCUAGACCCCGGGUUGAUAAAUUGAACUUUCCACAAGCCGCCUUGCAUUUUCAUUCUGCGAUUGCACUUGGUCGCAGUUUGGUGUUGCGUUUUAGCGUGUCAUAAGCGGCCUUGCAAACUGGAGAUUUCAAAAGAAAGAGUCUGCCAGAAGCUCGAGCACGCCGACGGCCGAACUCGACGGCGGCUAGGGUUCCCUAAGCAAAGCAGAGAUGACGACGAGACGGUUGGAAGGUUCGCCAGAGUCGAGAAUUCAGAGUGGAUCUCAGCACUCAGCUGCGUUCUUCUCGUCGACGAUGGCAAGGAAGAGCGAGCCGUAGUCGGACAUCGGGGCCCCUACAUCGUCUCAAGGACGUCGGGCUGGACUGCUGGAGUGGCGAAGAGUGCGGUGGGCAUGACAAUCGGCGGCGACACAAUUAAUUGCAACAAACAACGAUGGGGCGGAUUCAAGAAGGAUUAUCUUGGGCUCGAGAUUGGCUCCCCGCCGCAAAAUUGAAGUCUCGUCAGAGAGAAGAAACUUGCGAAGGGAGCAGCGAUCUGCGAUGGUUGGCUUAAUCAUGACGAGGUCAGAGAAGAAGCGCGGCACCGAAAUCCUAUGCCCGUCGCCGAAGAAGACAUCAUCGACGAUGCGAAUCGCGCAGUUGCCGCGAUCUUCUCUGACCUCAGUGGAGACGAGAAGCGCCAAGCCGGACCUCCCUCCUAGCCUCUUGAAGAACUCGUCGUCUGAGAUAGAACUGGGGUCGGCGGCUGAGUUGGGCUCGUCUACUGGCCGUCAGAAGGGUUGGUCACCGCCGGGAAAGGAAAGUGAGAAGAAGGUGGAAGGCGGCGGCACCGCUCUGUUUCCGUUCGAGCCGAUGCAUUUCCUUUCCUUCGACAAAACCCUACUCACCUUCUGUGAGCCAAUGAGUGGCCUCGGGUGUGUUUUGUUGGGCCGUCCGAUGGUUCAGGUCGUCGAGCCAAGCGAAUCGAGGCGAGUGUGCUGAUCAGCAAAAUCUCGGAUGUGUGCUGAGAUCUGCUAGUCAAAUGGUUGAGGAUGAUUACGGGCCGAGAAGUAAAAAGGAGUCUGUUAUACUCUCCUUGGGCCGAGUUCUGAUGGGCCAACUGGGUGGGCUAGAAGCAGCUCCGGGAGCAAGACAACUCGUCCCAUGCCUCUUGAGAAAAGAAGGUGGGCCGACUCAUAUAGGGAGAUUUGGGCCACCUAUGGACUAUUUUGUUUGGCUUCUUUUGCAGGAACAAAACUUGAAGGAUGAAGGUUGUGGGCUUCUAAGGAAGUUUAGCCCAAACGCAAUUAGAGAAGAAUGGAGCAGAAAAGGGCUUGACAUUGAUUUGGGCCCCAAUUCUGUAUUUUAAGCAUUUGUAGACCAAAUUAAAGAUGAAAAAAGAGAAUCUUGGAUUGUUUUCACCACCAAGCCUAUGAAGGAAUUUAUGGAGCACAAGGAAAAACAGUUCUCCGACUCUUAUUUCGUGGACUUUGAAAGAGAGAAGGAAGAAUUGUCUAGCUACGGAGGACGUGACAUGUGUCAUGAGGGCGGAGAAGAGUUUAUUCAAGGACUCGAGCGCAAUUGGGAACGAAGAAAGCGGAAAGUCAAGAAGGCGAAAGUCAACUACGACCUUGAGGGCAAGGUUGUUUUCAAGAGGAGGAGAUUGUUAGAAACCCAAUUUUGGUGGGUUUCUCUAUUUAUUUAUGGUAGGAAAAUUAUCAUUAUUGUUAGCAGAGAUUUAGUAGAAUUAUUUUAUUGGUUAGGGUUUACCGGUAUUUUCCUAUAAAUAUGUAAUCUCCGUUUCAUUAUGAACCAAUCAAGGAAAAUAUUAAGAAAAGUAUCUCUCUCAAAUCUCUCUCAAACCCCUCUCAACUCUCGUCUAUCUCUCUCCCAAGUCAGCCCGCGAUCUUCUCACUCCCGAAGGCCAAAAUGAAUGUGUUGCAAGAUCGCGCCCUCGCCAUAGAAAAUCCCGCCCGCGAUCUCUACCCUGCCUGGCCGCGAACUUCUCCGUCCUUUGAUGCCUAUAAAUAGAAGACUCAUUUCUCCCAUUCCAGUGAGUUGAUUUUAAGAGAAGAAUUUUUGGUUUUAGAGAGUGAGAAGAGAGAGAAGCUUAAGCAAGGAGAAGGAUCUAGAAGAGAGGAGGCAUCUUCCUCAACCUCCAGUCUUCUCUAAUUUCUUCUAUGUAUCUUCUUCCCUCUAUUAAGUAGUCCUCUAAGGUACUAGAGGUUUUUGGGAAUAUCUUCCAGAGAAAAAAGGAGAUCUUAGCUCGCCUUACUAAGCUGGAAAUGAUAAACCAAUAGCAACCUUCAGACCAAAAAUUGCAGGAGGAAGAUGCAGUUCGCCAGUGGAUGGAAACUACUUUGUGGGAAGAAGAGGUGCUCUGGAUCCAAAGUCAACAGCCAAAUGGAAUGUGGAUGGGGAUCGCAAAACUCGAUUUUUCCAUCUAUAUACUCUUGCUAGGCGUCAGCAUAAUGGAUUUCUGGUCCUGAUUAGCUACAAGUUCUUGUGUGUGAGUCUUAUGUGAACUUAUAUAAAAAAAAGAGCCCCAUAGUCACGACCGUAUCCAAGGAAACUUUUUGGAACUGGAUACACAAGAAUUAGAGGCACUAAUCAAAGAGUUGACAUAAUGGGAGUUGGUGUGUGCGGUGAAAGAUAUGGGGGGGCUGAAAGCUCCAAGAAAAAAUGGCUAUCGGGCAGUGUUCUUCCAGAAAUGUUGGCACAAGAUAGAGAAAGAUCUGUUCACUUUUGCACUCUUCUUCUUAAUAAUCCUGAUAACAUUAG